AUGUCCACCACACUCGUAGAGCUGUAUCACUCUCCUGAUAUUCUUUCUCAUGUUUUUUCUUUCCUUCCACUUGAAAGCAUUGCCAUGAUGGAAAGAUCAUGCAAACAUUUCGCAACCCUGUUGAGAGCCGACUACAUUGAUAAGACAAUAUAUUACCAUUAUAUUUGUCAAUUAUUUAAAUUAGAUCCGAGCAUCAUGAUGAAGGAUGAUGACACUUCAUUAUUACACAUGUUUGAUCAGUUUUUGCAAGAAGAAAAUUGCAGGGAGUUAUUGAUAGAGUUUUUUAGAGCUCCAUUCAUAGGAAAUCGAGUUGAGAACAAUGAUCCUAUUAAUUCAUAUUCAAAUAAGGGAGGAGUUAUUGAUUUUAGUAUUUAUGUUCCUUGCAAAUUAUUGAGGGGAUUAUUAAGUCAUUGUAAAUAUGAUUUGGAUGAAAAUAUCAAGAGAACUUUACACAAAUUUUUAUUAUUUGCUGGUGUUUCGUAUUGGACUUUGGAAGUGGAUUCGAAAUUUCAAUUAGCUAAAUUGAAUAGCAAUGAGGUAUUUACAUUUAGAAAAAAUCCGUACUCUUCCAAUUCAUUCCCAUUCACACAAUAUUCAAUGGGAAAGGGUCUGAUAAUGUUGUUGAAUAAUAAUUUUAAAGAAAUUGAUCCAGAAUUUUCACUUGCUAUUUCACUUUCAGGUCCAGAGGAUAGUGUAAUCCUUUAUAAUGAACUUAUUCGAAAUGCUGAACCACCAGAAAUGUGGGAUGAUAUAUUUUCACAAUGUUCAAAUCCUCCCUAUUCCAUGCAACCAGCAAAUGAGGAAAUUCAAGCACUAACCUCUCAAUUAUAUAAUGAUCAUGAUGGAAGUUGUGAACACUAUUGUUGGAAUGAUUUUCUUCUUGAGGAUUAUUCUUCAUGGUCAAGUUAUUGGCUUGCUGGAGCUGAAUGGUGGGGAUGUUACUCAUUGACAACUUAUGAUUACAGUAAGCAACAAUUUGUUAUUGCAACUGCAUCCACAACUGAUUAA